AUCGAAAUUGCCUAAUGCAUGACGAGUCAAAAGCUUAUUCAGCGAUUCAGUUGUUAUUGCACUGUGAACACGUGUUGACUUCUGUUGUACGACGUUUUGAAACGACACGACAGAGACGCUUCCUAAAGGCAAAACAAGAGGAACCUGGUCCAAUGUUUACGAAACGUUUGAGUCGAGAUUACCAGAAUACACAUCCGGGUUCGCAGUAUCUGCAGCGGCGGAUCCUGAGUGAAAUCGAGUUUCAUAAAACAUGGUCUGACAGCUAUACUGUCCGCGUGUUUGGUGAGGUGUCUUUUGGUCGUCCGUGUAUUCCGUUAACCUUUGCAGCGACAAGGAUGGCCGCUGGUACGCUUGGGGAAUACGCCGCUGUCUAUAUCUGCAAGGCAAACAGAAAACAGACACUAACCAUUAUAAAUAUCACGUGUGCAAGCAGCAACAUAAACAGUGUACCCGUGACCUGUUUCAGGAUAUACGACGGGUAUCUGUGACGUAAAUCAGUGUGUAAUAUCCGCCACGCAUAACCUACCACGGGUAUCGACGACCUAAGGCUCCGCAUAAUACAAGUGUCCGUGAAUUAGCUACACAACUGAGGACAUUUCAGAAACACGUUCUUGACAAUUAUAAAUUGUGGACUCUCUAUUUGACCUACAACAUAUAAUGGAUAAUUCGUUAUUUUCCGAGGUACUAAGUAGUAUAUGAUGGCUAUUACAUUCCUAAAACAGAAAUUUCUUUAUUGAAGACCUUGCCAGAGAUUGAGCAUGGGAUGGACGUGCCUGAACCUUUAUUGGACAUCAAGUUAAUAACGUCAAUUGGACUUGGAUGUAUUCCAGUAUUUCCGUGAUAUCAUAAAAAUGGGAAAGUCUAUGUGCUAUAUAAGACUGUGCAGUAUUAGAAUCACAAGGCUGUUCAAGCUGGUGCUUCUGUGUGUUCUAGUGACCGUCCUGUUGCUGCUGCUGCUGCUGCUGCUGAGGCUGCUGGUUCCUGCGCCAUGGCAGCACGCAGACAGCUACUACGUGUUCAGAUUAUUUAUCGACAAGCAGGCAUUUCCGGUAGAAGAUGAACGCCCCCGCGUGAUCAGCAGGAAUAUUUCAGUGCAAGUAGACAAAGCGAGUAUUAAGACUCAUCUCACAAACAUGGGCUAUCCGCCAGACAAAGAGGAGUUCCAAAAGGAUUCACUUAUUAAGCAUUUCGUGCCGUUAAUGACGAUAGAUGAGCGUGUUGGAUUAAUAAGCACCCUGGAGACCUUUGUGAGGGUCUGCGAACAGGAGAAUCUGACCUACUUCCUGUGGAGCGGGACGAUGCUCGGAGCUUACCGACACCACGGAGCUAUCCCGUGGGAUGACGACCUGGACGUGGCAAUGAAUGGGUCGGACUGGAGAAGAGUUUACAGGGCACUGUCGCGUGUUCGCGGAUACGGACUUCUGGCUCCGGGGGACUACCACUGGAAGUUUUACAAGGAGGAUGCUUCCUCAGUUCCGGGACAGACGACGUUUAGGUGGCCAUUCCUUGACAUCUUCUUCUACACCGACGACGCCGCAUACAUGUGGGCACUGUCGUAUGAAAUAAAGAAGGAACUGGUCUAUCCGAUCAGCGACAUAUUCCCACUCCAGUUACGUCCCUUUGAAAACCUCCGUCUUGCGGUGCCCUGUAAGAUGGAGGAAAUCGUUCUACGUAUGUACAGCCUGAACGACUGUUACUCGCCCAGCUGUACACACAAGGACGGCGUAGUGCACGAUUCGGUAUACGUUCCAUGCCAACAGUUAUACGACUUCUUUCCGUUUGUUUUCCGUAGCCGAAGCGGGAAUUCAGGAACUGUUUUUGAAACACUGAAGCAAGGGAGCAAAUUACUUAAACACGUAUCAGUACCAUAUGAAGAGUGUGGUUGAAACAAAUGACAUCACAUUGACAAUCCGUCUCAGAUAGAGAGAAUACACGAGUACCCGUUGAAGACUAUUGACCUUACGAGUGUUUGCCACAUGUAUCAUUAUGCUAGAAUCAAACUGUCAACUGUCACGACGGAGUUGACCAACUCGAAAUUUGCUUUGUAAUUUCCCCUUCAGGCCACACGUCGGCUAUCUGGGCUGUCUGUCCAGGACAGUGGAUUAGUGGUUAGUGAGAGAAACGUAGGUGUACUGGUCUCAUAUCUACCCACUCAAUCGUUAGAACUCACUCUGGGUGGGAGCCGAUACCGGGUUGCGAACCCAGUACCUACCAGUCAAAUAACAAGAGUGAGUGAGUGAGUGACUGCAGGCUAUUUGAAGAUGAUAACUAUGUUAAUCGAGGACCAAUUUCACAAAAGCCCACAAGCCAUUUCUCUAAGUACAUGUACGAACAGUAAAAAUACUAAAUUUGAAAAUACAUAUUUAUCAAAGGUU